GCUAUUUAAGGGUUGGAUUAAGGCAGAAAGCACAAAGUAGACCACCAGAGAGCCUGAAAAUGGAGACGUUGAUGCUUUUCCAUGCUUUGCUACUACUUUGUGGUCUCUCCACAGUUCAGCUCGAGGCAGACUCCAACAGUAAAAUGAUUUCCCAUUUAAGGCAAACUGGAUCGCAGGUAGGAGACACAGAAAACCUCACAAAUAAUCAGCAAACCUGUACACAGGACAUCAGUACUGUGCUGAGAGAGAUGAGCGCAUCGUUGGCCAGACUGAAGGUUGACAUGGAGUACGUAAAGAAAGAUAAUGAAGCUAAAGCGCUACAACUUCAGUUCCAGAAGGAGGAAUUGGAGAAGCUGAAACAACAGAACCAAAAUAAGGAAAGAGAGUUGCAGGUCCUGGAGAAAACGUUGGACAAGCUAAAACAACAGCACCAAGCUCAGGCAGAGGAACUAAUCAGUGUUAAAGUCAAGGUAAACAACACUGAAAACGAUGUGGAGAUUCUGAGGAGAGAAGGAGAAGUGAAUCGAGUGGCUUUCUCAGCCUCCUUGUUGGACUCAGGUGGUGGAGACACUGGACCAUUUAAUGCACAGACGAAUCUGGUCUUCAGGCGUGUUAUUGCAAACAUCGGAAAUGCAUAUAACCCAGAUACAGGGUUUUUUAUUGCACCAGUGAGAGGAGUCUACCACUUUGAGUUCUUUAUCUUUGGACAUGGACAUGAUUCUCAUGGUUCAGGUGCUGCGUUGUUCAAAAAUGGAGAACAUAUUGUUAUCGGAUUUGAACAUCAGGCUUCUCACUGUGGUAAUGGUGGUAAUAGUGCCACAUUGCUGUUAGAGGUUGGAGACGUUGUGUUUUUGCGUCAGUGGGAAAACUCCAUAAUUUAUGAUAACGAAAAUCAUCACACAACCUUCAGUGGUCAUCUGCUUUUCCCCAUGUGAGGAUCAAGGAGUGCUGAUUUUCCUCAAGAAGAAAACAUUGUAUCAUCAUAACAAUCAUGUCUGAACUCCACAAGCUAGAUAAAAAGCAUUUUUUUAUAUUGUUUGAGUUUUAUCCAGAUCUUCCGUUUCUCUGGUAUUAUUACAUCAAACCAAUCCUCAGCAGCCAUAAUUUGUGUAUUUCUUGUUAAAAAUUGUAUUCUAAGUGUUUAUUUUAGUAACAUCAGACAAAACAAACCAAU